AUGACUAGCCCCGAUCAUAAGUAUCCCACAGACAGCGGAGCACUCUGGGCCUACAUCAGGGCACCCGAUUUCAUGCCGGAGGACCCGGAGGCGUUCCUCGUACUUCUGGAAUCGCGAUUUAACGAAGCCCGUAUCACCGAGCAACUUCCACGUUACCAUAAGCUGUUGUCCGUGAUACCGCGUGAUAUGCUGAGCAAAUUCAGGGAUAUAUAUAUGAAUACCCCCUCACACAACGCAAACGAUGUGCUCAAAGAAGCAUUCCUCCGUCGUCUGGCCAUUUCUGAUGAGAAGCGUAUCCAGCUUCUGCUAUCUUGGAUACAACUUGGAGACUUCAAGCCAUCCCAGUUACUACAACAGAUGCGUGCGUUGGUAGGCAACACAACGUUAUACGAAACCUUCAAAAUCAUGAAGGGAAUAUCGGGAAUAGAAGCGGACAGUCUGUUUACAUUAGCUCCUCAACACGGCACUAGGGGUCAUGAGCUCAAGCUAAUGAAGCAGAGG